AUGGGAGACAUGGGAGAUCCACCAAAAAAAAAACGUCUGAUUUCCCUAUGUGUUGGUUGCGGCAAUCAAAUUCACGAUCAGUAUAUUCUGAGGGUUUCUCCGGAUUUGGAAUGGCAUGCGGCAUGUUUGAAAUGUGCGGAGUGUAAUCAGUAUUUGGACGAGACCUGUACAUGCUUUGUUAGGGAUGGUAAAACCUACUGUAAAAGAGAUUAUAUCAGGUUAUAUGGGAUAAAGUGCGCCAAGUGCAGCAUCGGUUUCAGCAAGAACGAUUUUGUGAUGCGUGCCCGCUCCAAGGUGUACCACAUUGAGUGUUUCCGCUGCGUGGCCUGCAGCCGUCAGCUCAUCCCCGGGGACGAGUUCGCACUGCGGGAGGACGGCCUCUUCUGCCGGGCGGACCACGACGUAGUAGAGAGAGCUAGUCUGGGAGCCGGCGACCCUCUGAGCCCCCUUCAUCCUGCGCGGCCGCUGCAAAUGGCAGCAGAACCCAUCUCUGCCAGGCAGCCGGCUUUGCGGCCUCAUGUCCACAAGCAACCAGAGAAGACCACCCGAGUCCGGACUGUCCUUAAUGAAAAACAACUCCACACCUUGAGGACCUGCUAUGCUGCCAACCCUAGACCUGACGCUCUCAUGAAGGAGCAACUAGUGGAAAUGACUGGCCUCAGCCCCCGGGUCAUCAGGGUCUGGUUUCAAAACAAGAGGUGUAAGGACAAAAAGCGGAGUAUCAUGAUGAAACAGCUCCAGCAGCAGCAACCUAAUGACAAAACUAAUAUCCAGGGGAUGACAGGAACUCCGAUGGUGGCGGCUAGCCCAGAGAGACAUGAUGGCGGUUUACAGGCUAACCCCGUGGAGGUGCAAAGUUACCAGCCUCCUUGGAAAGUACUGAGUGACUUCGCCUUGCAGAGUGACAUCGAUCAGCCUGCCUUUCAGCAACUGGUCAAUUUUUCUGAAGGUGGGCCAGGUUCCAAUUCUACUGGAAGUGAAGUAGCAUCAAUGUCCUCUCAGCUCCCAGAUACACCGAACAGCAUGGUAGCCAGUCCUAUUGAGGCAUGA